AUGGCCAAGUCAGACGGCCCGCUUCGCGAUGCGACCCAAGUCGCCAUCUGCCCCGAUCAGAAGGCGCUAGCCCAGAUACCCUUCAUAGAGUUCAUCAUCGGCACCAAUGGAAUCUCGUCAUUCGCCACCAAGACGAUUGCGCGCCGCGCUACCGAGCUUCUCAAUGCGUACUUCGCCGUCGUUGAUGUGGCCCACGAGAAGAAUCUGAAGGCAGCGCGGCAACCGAACAAGGCCUGGGAUUUAGCUUUGGAGUAUCUGCGCACUAAGAACUCGCCUGCCUACUCAGUCACAGAUGAGAAGAUGCAGCUGGUCAUGGUAGCCUUUGCGGAUGCCCGCAUGCGCUACCUCGACAACGGUGACAGAGGAAAGAAGGUUCCCCUCAAGUCAAGCUUCUUCGAGACCCUCGCCGAGUUGCUGGACAAGUUCAAUGAAAUGCGUUACCCUCCCGCUCUGUCUCUCGAGUCCCAGACCUCCGAAGACGCCACUGCUUCUACCGCGCCAUCAACGCCAGCCGACCUCCCCUCCCGUCAAGCUACCCCCGAAGUCACAGAAGACUCCCUCUUCGUCAGCAGUCCCGAGCCUAAUGACCGCACCGCUGCCUCUGGCCCCUGGCCUCUUCAGCAUGAUGACAGUCUCACGUUCUCGCUUUUCGAGGAACUUCAGCAAGUGAAGGACGAUUUGGAAGAGGCCAGGGCUACAAUCGUGGAGAUGAAGAAGGAGAACAAGAAGGAGAAGGAGAUGACAAAGCGCAUGGUCUGGUGCGCUGCACUCCCGGCCAUGAACGAGCUCCGUGAACUGCAAGGUCAGCCGGCCUAG